AUGGCACCUAUCACCGACGAUGUCGUGUCCGGUCUGAAGGACACCAUUGGCAAGCUCGAGGCUCGCGUUGUCGAGCUCGAGGGCCGCUUGACUGGCGCUAGCAGCAGCAAGCCCAUGUCCGUGUCGGAACAGAUCCGUGUUAUUCUGAUGGGUCCUCCUGGUGCUGGCAAGGGUACUCAGGCCCCCAACAUCAAGGACAAGUACUGCGCAUGCCACUUGGCCACUGGAGACAUGCUGCGGUCCCAGGUCGCGAAGAAGACCGAGCUUGGCAAGGAGGCCAAGAAGAUCAUGGACCAGGGUGGUUUGGUCAGCGACGAGAUCAUGGUCAACAUGAUCAAGAGCGAGCUGGAUAACAACACCGAGUGCAAGAACGGCUUCAUCCUGGACGGCUUCCCUCCUCCCCUCCAGCACGCCAUUGAGCUGCAGAUCGACGACGCCCUGCUUGUGGCGCGUAUCACUGGCCGUUUGGUGCAUCCUGCCUCGGGCCGCUCUUACCACAAGGUCUUCAACCCCCCCAAGAAGGAGAUGAUCGACGACGUUACUGGCGAGCCUUUGAUCCAGCGAUCUGACGACAACGCCGAGACCCUCACCAAGCGUCUGGCCACUUACCACGCCCAGACCACCCCCGUCUGCGCGUACUACAAGAAGACCGGUAUCUGGCGCGGAAUUGACGCCAGCCAAGAGCCUGGUCAGGUCUGGAAGAGCAUCCUCGGUGUCUUCCACAAGACCCAGUAA